CCGCCCGAGCGCCUCGCACGCUCGCAGCUCCACGCCGACACUCGCUCCGUGACAACCUUGCCGUGCCGACCCCGGCUCACAACAAUAACACGCGCGACCUCCACACUACCGUCUCCGAGUCGGAGAUCCGUACCCCCAGUGCCGGGCACGAGUGCGGUGCUCGUGCCACGUGACCACGGCCCGGGCCCCGGCCCGACAUGUGAAAAACAAAGCCUUUGUGACAGCACCGGCCAGGGGCAUGUGGUGUGCCACACUUACGCACAAAAUGAAAUAAUAAGAAAGCAUCGUGACCCCCGGCAUGAGGUCGGGGGAGGCGGGCGAGGGUUCGGAGCUGGCCGAGUUCGGCGCGCGCUGGCCCCCGCCCUACAACCAAGGCUACGGGUGGACGCGCUCCGCCACGCCGCAGCAUCCACCCGCGCAUCACCUUGCCAGGCACUCCAGGAGCCAUCAGGACAACCGGCACACAAGCUACGAGGCAGAGGACGCGCGAGGCAGGGCGCGGGGAGGGGUUUACUACUCUCCGCCGGGCACCUCGUACACCAUCGUCGAGAGGCCAGCCUCGUCACACGGCCACCACACCUCGUACUCGCACCACUACGCGGGGAAGCUGUCCCGGGCGCCUUACCUCGGCUCCACUACCAUUGCUAACAGUGCAGCUGGAGCAACGAGCUUACGGAACAGCACGAAUCACCUGAGCGCAGCAAACGGCAAGAAGCGGCCGAUAUCCCCGGAGCAGGUGCUGCGGCUGUUCGGGCAGGGCGGCGCUGCAGCGCUGGGCAAGGCACUGCCGCCGUCGCACCCCCCCGCCCCGCUGCCCGCGCCCCUGCCUGCGCGCAGGCACUCGCCCGCCAGUAGCCCCAGCAGCACUACGCACCAUGCAAUAUACCGUGGUGGUGACCGGGAGCGUGAACGUCCGUAUUCGUCGGGCGGGGUGCCGCCGCCGCCGGCGGAGCCGGCCACGCGGACCGUCACCAUGAGCCGGGACCCCGCUGACUCGCAUGGCUUUGGCAUCUGUGUCAAAGGCGGGAAGGAGGCAGGUGUGUACAUAUCGCGAGUGGAGGAGGGAUCGGUAGCAGAGCGCGCGGGUCUCCGCCCAGGGGACUCCAUUCUGCAAGUCAAUGGCACUCCGUUCUCCGGAAUUUCGCACGAAGAUGCUCUCAAGAUGCUGAAGUCAUGCCGUCAGCUGACGAUGACGGUUCGGACGGCGGGCGCGCUGGUGGGGCGGGCCUCGUGCUCCUGGAUGGACCGCUACGGCCGCCCCGCCUCGCCACCGCCGCUGCGCCCUCCCCGGUCUGCCAGCAAAGAUCGCUCUAUACGAAGGGUUGACCUAUGUAUAGAGCCGGGACAGUCAUUAGGACUAAUGAUAAGAGGAGGGCUGGAGUACAACCUCGGCAUCUAUAUCACUGGGGUCGACAAGGAUUCCGUGGCAGAUAGAGCAGGACUUAUGGUAGGAGACCAAAUUCUGGAGGUGAACAACCAGUCGUUCGUGGACGUGACGCACGAUGAGGCGGUGGCUCAGCUCAAGUACCACAAGCGAAUGUCCUUGUUAGUCCGGGACGUGGGGAAGGUGCCACACGCCUGUACAGCUUAUGGGGAACGAGACGCCGCGCCUAGAAUAAGUGGUUGGGGAAAGCGUCGAGGCGCGGCGGCCACGGCGGUGGAGCAGAAGGCGCGGUCCCUGCUGCCUCAGUGCGACCUGCCCGCCAUAGCCUACUACAUGGAGGAGUACGCCGCCAGGAGACUCACGCCCGACUCCUUCCUCACCGUCGUCAGGGACCUCCUCGAUACGCCACAGAAGUACACACUUCUGACGGAGAUAAGAGAGUUCAUGUUGCCGGAGGACAGGGCGAGGUUCGACGAGCUCGUGUAUAGGAGAGGCGAGGAGCCAGUCGACCACCACAUCAAGCGGGGUUCCGAGCGACACAUGCUACCCUCCUCGACGAUGCAUGAGUUGCACGACCCGGAGGGACCGGCGGAGGCACCUCUCGUAGCCGACCAUCGCUCGCCCUCCGAGGACUCCGGCCUGGGCCUGCCACCGCAUGACCAUGCUUACAGGAGCGGGCGCGCGUGGCGGCCCAGCGACGCGCCGGCCCCGGAAGACGACCUGGAGCCCCCGCACGAGGAGUACGAGGAGGAGGGACGGCGCUCUCGGCGACACUCUUCCCCGUGCAACUCGAGAGAGGGCAGCACUACUGCACUCCACACGCAACACUACGAUGAUUCCGAUCAGUGCGGCUAUCUCGAGGGGCUGCGCUCAUCACUCGGUGGCUGGACGCAGAAAGUAAAAUCAUGGUACUGGGGACGACCUCUAGAGUUAGCACACAAUUUGUCGAGAAGUUUCGACAUGAAAGAGGAUAGUGGUGCGUUGUUGGAGGAGCGGGGCGGCAUCCGGCGGCACCAGUCGAUGCAGCGGCUGCAGCACGGCGAGGCCGACGAAGCGCGGGCGGCGCGCGUGGUGCCCGACCACCACGGCAACCUGCACAUCACCGUCAAGAAGACCAAGCCCAUCCUCGGCAUCGCCAUCGAAGGCGGCGCCAACACCAAGCACCCGCUACCUAGAAUUAUUAAUAUACAUGAGCACGGAGCUGCUUAUGAAGCUGGCGGGCUGGAGGUGGGCCAGUUGAUCCUCGCGGUGGACGGACACCGCGUGGAAGGCCUGCAGCACCAGGACGUGGCGCGGCUGAUCGCCGAGUCCUUCGCGCAGAGGGACAAACCGGAGAUCGAGUUCCUAGUUGUGGAAGCAAAGAAGUCCAACUUGGAGCCGAAGCCGACCGCGCUGAUUUUCCUGGAGGCCUAACAUCUACUGUCCCUCCCCGCCAGCGACCCGCCGGCCGCGCAGGGCAGCGCGGCGGUGCGGGCCGACCUCACCGCGCACACCACGGAAUAGCCAACUCCAACCUGCGCUGCCACAUGCUCUUCUGAGCAGUGGCGCGUGACGCGGCCACGCAGGCACGGGAGGCGACACACCGCCCGUCCGGACCGACCGAACUAACUACCUAACAGCGCACCGCCAGACGGGUUUUGGAUGAAAUCUCUCGAGACCGGAACGCGGCCAUCCCCGGUGGCCGCUUCGGUGGUGAUGAAGUUUUUUUAAAAGUUUUCUAGGAGAGUAGCUAUUAAUCCGAUUUUAACAGUAGGCGGCGACUGAAUUUUAUAAAGAAAAUCUCCUACUUUUACCGUUUACUAUAAGUUCAUCUUAAAAUUCACAAAUUUUAAAAUCACAAUUUUUAAAAAUUUAGAGAGAUCGAUCAAUUCUGCGAAUAAUUUCAUAGAACUAGAGUUGUAAAAAGUUGACGAUAACAUAGAUCUUUCAAAUUUCAUUUUGAAUCGUGCUAAAAUUCAAUCGAUCGGUAACGGUGCUACGAGAAGAUAUCAUGUUUCAAGUAAAGUAUCGUCGUCGAGUCAGAGUCAUGUUCCCAUCCGUAGUAGCGAGUAGUGUUCGCGUAGUGCUCCCGGUCGGAAGGUGCAAGCGUCCUAAGCAAGCUCGCCGAGUGUUGCGUCGGCUCCUCAUAGCUUCUACUACAUUAUGUCAGCUUUUACCACUCAUACAUUUUCUAUUAGAAUGAGCCCGACGUUUUGAGUUCCACUUAGAAACCAUUCGAGUCAAUCAAAAUUACUACCAUUUCGUAGUUCCCCAUUUUCUGAAUACGUUUAGCUGACCCUUGAUUGAAACGCAAAAAGUACAUUCGGUUCGUCCUCGGUAUCGCUUCGUUUAGUUUGCUUAGCGAGUGUCACAUAGAAGGUGCGUCAAACAUGUCAUUCCAUCAGGUAGAUAAGCGGUGAGUUUACGAAAUUAUGGCGGAGAGGGAUUUUAGCCCACUCUUUAUGGAUAUUUACGUAGAAAUAAGUGAAUGUGUGCAAUAUAAUCAAAUGUUAGAUGUUAGAAUCAAUAACCAGUGUUGUGGGUGACAGCCCGAGCUUCUGCCGCGCGUACAGCAGCUGCGGUACGUGUGUACACGUUCCACUAACUACUCGUAUUUGUAUAAAUGUAACAUGCUAUAACUGAACCUCAUUAUCCUAUCUCAAGCGACCGUUGUAAAUAUAUAUAUCUGUAUGUACUCAUAAGCUGUAAAUAUCAAAUUUGAAUGUAUUGUAAUAUAUUAUUAUAAAUAUUUAUUGAAGUUAGUGCCAAAAGCAUUUUACAUUCCCCACUAGGCGUGUACAGUACGCGGUGACGCAGAGCCGCUGCGCUGGUGGCGUCCUCUGCGACGUCCACCUCUCUAUUACUUACAGUUUAUCGAUUGCUAUCUCACUCAAUACGCUUCUAAUGUUAGGAUUUGAUCAUGAUUGAAUACUUUGAUUGUAUAAUAACAAUACAUUGCGUAUUUGAAUAAAUAUCUAUUAAAAUUGUAUACUUUCACGUUGUACACGAUGAUGGCGGCAUGAGUAUUUCUAUUCUUUUGAGAAAGCUUGUGAAAAGUUCAAAUUGUGUCAUGUAUAGACAUCCGCCUUUCCUGAUUACUGUUUUAUCCACAAAAAUAAUGAGCAGAAAGUGCACUGAAACAAAUAUAUUUUGUACGAGUAAUUAUAGUUAAUUUUAACUUAUACCUAAUUGUAUUUAAAGUACCAAUAAGUUUUUAUGAUUACACUUAAGCGGACAUAUAUGUGUAUUGUGUAGGCAGGCUCGUGUGACCGGCAGCCUCGUAUUUGAGUCAAUUCAUCAUUUACGUAUUAAACACGUUAAACCAAAAGCAAUGUACGUAGAGAAUAAGAGAUUAUUUUAACAACAAACUAUUUUAGGUUACCUAAUGUGUUUAUAUGAUAUGAUAUUAUGGUAAUUAUUUCGCAAACCUGCUGAUUGUUUAGUUUGUAGAUUUGUUUACCAACAGCUUGCAGUCGUUUGUUUAGACCGCGUCUAAAGUACUACGCCUUUGAAUCCCGCAGUACCUCUCAUGAUUGGCAACCUAUAUAUCCUACAUAUUAUGAGCCGUCCAUUUAAUUUGCAUUUAGUUUAUCCUCGGAUGCUGUGAGGUUAUCGUGGAUUAUAUCUGUACAAUGGACCUCAGCUAAUGUCAAUGUGUUGGUAAACAUUUCACAGGUACCUAUUUAGAUAAUGUUUAAACUUCGCGCAGGUGUUUCGUUAAGAAGAUCUAUGUUGUAGUCUGUUGUUAAGUUUGUCGUUGAUGACAAAAAUAUAUUGUUAUCUAGAUAAUUA